GACAGCCACACGGGGAUACUUUCUUCGCCCGGAGAAGAAAGUCUUGAAAGCGGCGUGGAUUGGGAGACUGGUGCGGCUUUAAAAUGUCCCACCAUGCACCGCGCUGUCCCAGUUCCGUUACAAUGUAUUUACAGCAGGAGCGGAGCCCGGGCGAGUCGCGGCGUCCGCAGCAGCGCACGGGCAGGGCUGUUCGCCUACUGGGAGCGACUUCGCCAGACAGCAUCUCAAGAGCCGGACUUCGUCGACUGGGUUCAGUUUAUUUUCCUUGGCUUUAGCGUACUCCUGGCUUUGUUGCACUGGGGUUGUCAUCCCCCCCACCCCCCCCCCUGCUCCCCUGCUCUUGGGGUGGUGCGGUGAAGAAGUAUGUAAGACUUGCAGAUUUCAUGCCAAAAGCGAAAUCUCUUGCACUUCACUCCAGCCCAGCCAGAAAGCAAGUUUAACUACACCGAGUGAAAGAUUUAUUCUUCUUCAGAACGACCGGAGGAAGGGUGGUGUUGAAACAACUGCUCCCACCUGCCCCUGGCAUGGAGGAAUGACACGAGCUCCUGGAAGGCAGCAGUUUUCGGCCCCUCGCUCGUCUGAUGGUGCAUCAUGGAGCUGAAGGUCUGGGUGGACGGGGUCCAGAGAAUUGUUUGCGGCGUCACAGAAGCCACGACCUGCCAGGAGGUGGUGAUCGCACUCGCCCAAGCGAUAGGUCGGACUGGAAGGUACACGCUGAUCGAGAAGUGGAGGGAGACCGAGAGACACCUAGCUCCGCACGAGAACCCCAUCAUCUCCCUGAAUAAAUGGGGCCAGUACGCCAGCGACGUUCAGCUCAUCCUGAAGAGGACCGGGCCCUCGCUGAGCGAGAGGCCCACCUCGGACAGCAUGGCUCGCAUCCCGGAGAGGACUUUGUACCGGCAGAGCCUACCCCCUCUGGCCAAGCUCCGGCCCCAGAGCGACAAGUCGCUGAAGCGCAAGGAGCCCAAACGGAAGUCGUUGACCUUCACGGGCGGCGCCAAGGGCCUGUUGGACAUCUUCGGGAAGGGCAAGGAGGCCGAGGGGAAGCACAAGGCGCUGAACGGUAACUCCCCGCGGGCCGGCACGGAGGAGCUGUGCAGGCUGGUCAAGCUGCAGAAGGAGAAGCUGCAGGCCCUGGAACAGCGGCUGGAGAGCCACGAGGCCGAGCUGCGGCUCUGGGCCGAGAGGAACGGCGGGGGCGCCGGCGGCCUGGAGGAGGAGGUCCUGCGGCUGGAGCAGCGGGUGAAGAAGAACGAGGUGGAGAUCGAGGAGGAGGAGUUCUGGGAGAACGAGCUGCAGAUCGAGCAGGAGAACGAGAAGCAGCUGAGGGAGCAGCUGCAGGACAUGAGGCGCCGGAUCCAGGAGUGCGAGGGCAAGCUGGCGGAGUACCUGGCCAAGAUCCAGGGCAUGGACGCGGGCAUCGAGGCCGAGAAGCUCCAGCAGGAGAUGCAGGAGACGCAGCAGGUCGACGAGGAGGAGGUGAAGGCGAAGAUCCUGAAGGCGAAGAGGGAGCUGGAGAGCCAGGCGCAGCACACGGCCAGGCUAGAGAGCAGCUGCCGAGCAGUUGAGAGGUCUCUCGGACAGGCCACCAGGAGGUUGCAGGAGAAGGAGCAGGAGCUCGAGCAGCUCACCAAGGAGCUGAGGCAAGUGAACCUGCAGCAGUUCAUUCAGCAGACCGGAGCCAAGGUCACCGUGCUGCCAGCGGAGCCCAGCCUGGAAGAGUCGGCCCUGUCAGAGCUGGGGAAAGAAUCAGACUCCCCGUCGAGCUCGCUGAAGCGGCCCUCCUCCUCUCGCCAGCUGCCCAGCAACCUGCGCAUUCUGCAAAACCCGCUCACCUCUGGGUUCAACCCUGAGGGCAUCUAUGUUUGAGUUCUUGAACAUCCUUCCACGGGUGAAAAAGAGUCCCGGGUGCCCCAUCACGUUCUUCCAGCGCCACAGGACUGUGCUCUGAUGGAGAGGCCAGUGUGAGUCUUCCUGUCCUGCCGGGCCCCAACUCUCUGCUCAGACGUUGGAUCACUAGGCCACAGCCCUCACUGAUAUAUAGAGGUGGAGUUUGCUGAGGCAUGAAAUAUGUAUGUGUGUGUGUAUGGACUGACAAAGCCUAUUGAAAUAUUAAAGAGUUAAAUGCUACAGGCUUGUUCCAAGUCUCGGGUUUUCCAGCUGAGCAGUGUGUCAUCUGCCGAGAGUCAUUUACAGCUGUAUAUAAUUAACGCAGGCAAAUCUGGAGCGAAAUUGGCAUCUGAUUUGGCCUUUUUAAAUCUACACGCUGUUAUUCCAGCUAAACCUGUGUUUGUACAUCUCGCUGCACACUAGCAGCAAGUAUUAGAGCUUAAGAACGACUAUUAUCACUGUUCCUUUUGUUGUUUACAUUCUUUUUCAGCAAGUACCUAAGUCUGUGAAAACAAAAAUAAAGAAGCCUUAUGUGCUUGUUGUUCUGAAUCUCGACAGAAAUGUCCUGAUUUGCCCGGUAGACACUUAGCCCGUCUUAGCCUUAGAAAGUGUUUAGCUGUAACUUAAUGGGUUCUUCAACUAAACACAGUAUUAUUGCUGUAGUUGCAGAAGUACAUCAUUUCUAGGAUUUUGCUAAACAUUGUUCACUUGGAAUGGGUUUCCCAGAAUCCAGUAGGAUGUUACGUUGUGUCCUAGUAAAGAAUAGUUGUUCGUUAAUCUUUUUCUAAAAGUUUGGAUGUUCCAGCUCUCCUAUGAAAAUAUUGUCUACAUCAAACCACAUUUCCAGAAACCACACCGUUCAUGCUGAUGCCUGAACUACCCCACCACCAUCAUCACCUGCCACAUUGGGUUAAAAAACUGGAGUGGGCUACGUCUGUAUAUUGCACAAGCCAAGGAGAAUCUGCCAGGCAAAUAUAAGCUUUAUAGGAGGAGGGUCUUCCCAGUACAGGCAGUAUUGGUUAAGGGACUAUAGAGGAGGAGAGCCAGAUGAGACUGGUUUCCCCUUAUUGAUUUUUCUGAUACUCUGUCUCCUGUCUGGUGCAUUCAGAAUAUGAACCUGCUUUUAUCACAGGUCUUUCUGGCCUGGUGAUCAAAGCAGGGUUGCUGUCGCUCAGUUUCAUCCUUCAUUUUUGAAAUUUCAGGCUCCAUGCUUACUUGCAGAACUGAUUAUAACUCCAGCACCAGAAAACAAAUAAUUGUUUCAGCUAUAAUUUCCAGACAUUUCUCUUGAUUCAUGCCUGCAAAACAAAAGGUUUUAUCAUGUUCCUCUUCAGAGAGUUUUGAAUGUUUCUGGAGCUGUAUGUACAAUAAAAUAAACUGGGGUACACUGUUGAAACAGGAAUAAAAUUGGUAGGAACAGUACUUUAUAGUAUGAGAAGUGGGUAAAGGCAGUGUUGUCUGAACUAAAAGCGGGUCGAAGUUGUUUUCCCAUGUUUACUUCUCCGAUACCUGCAACCUGACAGUACUAGCAAAGUUCACCUAAAAUCAGGUAUUACUCUGGGAGUUGGCGAAAGGCUAGAUUUUUCUCCACUACCUGUUUCACGACAGCUCGAGCUCUGAAGAAUGGGAGGCCUGCUCAAGUGGCACUCCACUCAAACCCCUGUGACUUGGCCGACCAUAGAAAUGAGGAUCUGGGGCAACCUUGUCUGUGUGAUUCAGAAGCAGUCAGCCAUCACCUCUGUAAUGAGAACUGAAACUGCACUGUGCUCUCAUUCUAAUUGGGAAGCUCGUGGGAAAACCAAGUUUAAAAGCAGCUAGAAGUGUAGAGGCCUGACCUGUCGUUGAAAUUCAGACUGAGGUUUGAUAUAUGGUAUAUCCUCAUCAUCAGCUACACACUUCCCUGUUAAUAGUACUAUACUCUUCAUUCACAUUUUAUAUAUAAAAUAUAGCUGUUUAGGCUAGAACGUUCACAAGACUUAUUAAUGAUUCUGAGGUGUAUUUUGGCGUUUGGGCUAGAUCUAGAGAGACUUGAUAUCAUAGCAUUUAAUUUUUAUUAAUUUGAAGAUGUAAAAAAUGAAAAUAAAAAAAUCCCAGAAAACAGAAAACUGUCCUCUGAUAUUCACACUCCAGCUUCCCUGUAGGAUUGUAAUUGAUGAUUGAGGUUUAUGAGGGGUGAACUAGUUUAGUUUGUAGGAUGGCUUGAGCAUGCAAACUGCAGCGCAGAGACCGAUUGAAUGUAGCAAUAAGUGGGGGGAAAGGAAAGAACUUAUCUGUAUGGAUUGUCCCUGACGGACUCAUCUACUGUGGUAUCAGUAUCUUAAAAUGCAGCAAUAAACCUUGUAGCUGAUAACUGACUAACUACAGCUCUUUCAUGUAGAAAUUGGCAAGACAUUUAAAUCGAAUAGUCCUGAAGAAGCACAUACUGAUUCAUCACACCUUGCACUUUAUCAGAUCCUUUGCUGAUGUUCGAAAAGCAAUCGAGAUGGAUUUUUUUGACUCUAUAAUGAAGGAACAAAAAUACAGGAAGCAGUGUAUUCUUUCGGUUUAUGAAAUUUUAGAUAUUUUAAUUUUGUUUGACUUACUAUAUCUGUGGUUGAUUUUUAUUCUUAAACUCUACACUGAAAUGUGGCUUAUACCUGGAUAUGGCAGUUUUUUUUUGAGCAGAUGUAUCUCUUAAAGGAGCUAUAACUAAUUUUUAUUUUUUUAAUAUCGAGCCAUGGCUAGGUUUGAUGCAUCCCCUUGUGUUUCCUUGGGCAUUCAUAGUGUAGUCUUAUGACCAUGGCUGUAAUUAUCUCUGUGCCACAUCUUCUCUGUCUGGGUGUCUGAGACAUGCUCCAUGCCUUCUGUCCUCUUCGUGUUGUACAGAGAUCCGUUUGUGAUCUCUUUCCAAAUGCAGGGUGAGGCACCUGGGACAAAUCUUUGCUGCCAGUAUUGAUAGAUCUUGAAAAUGAAGUAAAUCUGAUUCAUGAUUAUCCUUUUCUAAACUGUAAACAUUAAUCAAUUGAAAAAGUGAGUGGCAGUGAUGGUCUACAGUCAUAUGUAUGAAAUGUCAAGAGAGAGAACGGAAAAUGCUGUCACAGCUGACUCUGUAUUAAAACAUGAAAUCUGUACUUUAUUUCUGUGGGAAAUAUGUUUUAUUUUUCUGUAUCUGAAUUCUUUUUUUCCCUAUCAAUCCAAUUAGUCAAAUUAUGGGUGCCUGAGGUAAUACUGUCACAAGGCAGUCCAAAAGUUUCAAGGUGAAUUUUGGUCAUUUGCCAUACAGGGUGAAAAGGCAAGUUAGUCCAAACUCAGUGCUAAUCCUGGUCUGUAAAGUAAUUUUAAGACUUUUUCAGUAUUACUGCUCAUUUUGUAUUUUUUUUUUUAAUCGGAACAUGAAGGAAAUGGAUUUGUGUAAAGGUAGCAUAAUGGAAAUGAGUUGUUUGGGGCCAAGAACAGAAACAUGCCUUAUUCAAUGCAGAGUGUAAAUACCGAGAGGCGUUCAAUAAAUAUUUUUUUGAAAGUGUGUAAAAUAAAACAUAGCACUGUACAGCUAAUCUAAACUAUAACUUUUUUUUUAUUAUGCGGUCUUGAAAAUCAGUGUGUAGAACAGUGAUGGCAGAAUUCCUGUUGGCGGGAAAGGCCAAGGAUGUUAGAGUCAUGUCAUGUUCUUUUUAGUGCUGCUGUAACUCGGAAGACAUGUUUCUUAUCUGUUAGGAUAUCACCAGUUAUUUUUUUUGCAUCCUGUGGCUUGUAAUGCUGGGGGGAAUACGGUAAUUGUUUUUUUUAGAACGGUGUGCUGUAAAUAUAUUUUCCGAUGGCAGAUAACUGCAGAGGUUUAAGCCUUUGAGUUUUAUAUCCUUGUAAAGUUACAGUACAUAUGUAAGGGGGACCUAUGUCACUUGUACAACUUUAAAUAACCAAAAAUGAUUAACUGAGGCCCAAAGAUGUAUACUGUUUUAAAAACAAAACAAAGAAGCAGUGUAUGUAUUCAGCAUUGAUUAAAGUGGAUUUCUGUACUACAGAUAACUUUUUCUAUACAAACAUUGCACACAGGUCUGUACAAUUUGUAGUUUUGUGUUUAGAAUCUUCAUUUUCUCCAUCUUACAGUAUUCUUACAGAGAGAAAGAAAAGAUGUAUUUUGGAUGAAGUGCGGACAUUUGCAGUAUUAAUUCUGUAUAAAAGUUACAUAUAUAUUUUUAUUAUUUUCUUUCACUCAUUCACAGCUAUGGAAUUUUGAAAUGUUAUGCCUUUCUUGAUGUGUAACACACUGCUGAGAUGAUGACAAGCGUAAUAAAAAUAAACCUUUAUUCAGUGUAA